AUGCCUGGCAGUCAUGGGGCAACUCUACGAGCGGCUGUCAGUCUGACAUCGGAGGUGAUGUCUUUGCUAGUGCCCGAGACGCCACUUUCAUCGCGAUGCGGCUUCGUUCGUGGUCGCAAGCGGAUCAAGCCGCAUCCCGUUUCGGAGCUACGAAAACAGACGAAUUUCGUGACGCCCAGCUCCGAUGAGGAGGAGGAAGACACAUGUGCGGAUGCUGACUGCAGUUGUGCAAACAACUCGAACAACGAGCGAAAGCCUCUCAAGCCUUACACAUUACGCAAAAAAACUUAGCG